AUGUUUUGGCGAAGGAGAGAUGACAAAAUUGUAUCGCUGCUAUUGGAUGGAUGGUUUCGAGAGUCAUCUCCGCUGUCAAAAAAGAAGAGUAUCAUGGUAGGCUCGCCGGGUAUUGGCAAGUCGACGCUGUUGUGCUACCAAGAUAUUCCGGCUGGUGUGCAGACAGAUAAGAUGCUGGCACCGUCGCAGCAAGUGGAUCUGAAUUCUGGAGAGCGAACUGAUGCGUACUGCUGUCUAUUUCCUUGCUGGUCACGAACGGAUCUCUUUUCGGUGGGUAAACUUUUUUAUAAGUUUCACCGUAAGGACAUGAUUGAACGUUUCUACUAUUCUGGCGGAAGUGUGUGCGAGUUUACACUGUCUACAUGCACUGACAUAAUCGAGGCAAUUGAUAAUGCGAUCAGCAGUGUAAACUAUGUCUCGAACUUGCUAAACAACAAGUCUAGCAUUUCGACGGGGGGAUCGCAAGUCGAUCGCUUGCGCCAUACUUUCGUGAAAAACCGACGUGGUAUAUCUCCUCUUUAUUCGAAGGAGUGGUGA